AUGGCGAAAGGCCAGAAAAAACAAUAAAAAUGGACUCAAUGGAGGAAGAACAAUGUUUACAUCAGUGUGAAAACUAUAUUCAAAAUCAUAAUAUUCAAGUAUUAUUAAAAGAUUGUAUAGUUCAGCUAUGUUUACAUAAACCUGAAAAUCCUGUAACGUUUUUGAGACAGUAUUUUCAAAAACUAGAACGAGAGCAAGUGAAGGCGGCUGCAGCGGCUGCGGCGACGUCGGAGGGCGAAGCGGAUGGGGAGCUCUCGCCGCUGCCAGUGCCGGGCGGCCAGCUGCCCCGGCGCCGCGGGGGCAUCAGCGCCGAGCCCGUCACAGAGGAAGAUGCUACUAGCUAUGUCAAAAAGGUGGUGCCAAAAGACUAUAAGACAAUGGGCGCGUUGUCGCGAGCGAUCGCAUCCAAUGUGCUGUUCACACAUCUCGACGAAUCGGAACGCGCCGACAUGUUCGACGCCAUGUUCCCGGUGCAGUGUCUGCAGAGUGAAACUGUGAUACAGCAAGGGGAUGAAGGAGAUAACUUCUACAUUAUUGACUCUGGCGAAGUUGAGGUGCUGGUGAACGGCGAGGUGGUGACCACCAUCGGCGAGGGCGGCAGCUUCGGCGAGCUGGCGCUGAUCUACGGCACGCCGCGCGCCGCCACGGUGCGCGCGCGCACGCCGCUCAAGCUGUGGGGGCUGGACCGCGACUCGUACCGCCGCAUCCUCAUGGGCUCCACCAUCAGGAAGCGGCGGAUGUACGACGAGUUCUUGUCGCGCGUCUCUAUACUCGAAAGCUUAGAGAAAUGGGAACGUCUGACGGUGGCCGACGCCCUGGAGCCCGUGUCGUUCAACGACGGCGAGACCAUCGUGCGGCAGGGCGAGCCGGGCAACGACUUCUACAUCAUAGUGGAAGGCACGGCAGUAGUGCUGCAGCAGCGGGGCGGCGCGGGCGAGGCGGUCGGCGAGGCGGUGGAGGUGGGCCGGCUCGGGCCCUCCGACUACUUCGGCGAGAUCGCGCUGCUGCUGGACCGGCCGCGCGCCGCCACCGUGCGCGCCGCCGGCCCGCUCAAGUGCGUCAAGCUCGACCGCGCCAGAUUUGAGCGAGUAUUGGGUCUCUGCGCUGACAUCCUGAAGAGGAACAUCGCACAAUACAACAGUUUCGUUUCCCUCUCAGUGUGAAAAAAACUAUAUCUAAGUUCAAUAUCAAUCGAUCACUGCCGGCUCGGUGUGUCAUUUGACGGCAAGUAACCACUCGAUGGAUGCGCCAUACGCGUGCUGGAACUACGCGUUUAGUUUGAUGUAAACUUUACCUUUUUUCUAACUAUUUAUUAAUUUUUUGCGAGCUUAUCUUCGAGUUGGGGAACCAAGUCAUCUAAAAUUGAUCAGAACAAGCAGUUUAGUCAACUUGAACAAUCUAUACUAAUAUUAUAAAGAGGUAAAGUUUGUAAGUUUGUAACAAUUUUUUGAAAUGGGGUAAUCUUCGGAACUACUGGACCGAUUUUAAAAAUUCUUUCACCAGUAGAAUGCUACGUUAUCGGGGAGUGCUAUAGGCUAUAUUUUAUAUUUCUAUCAUAUAUAACUACUGAGAUAUCGCGGGUUUUCUCUUACAGGUCAGACCGAAAAACUUACUUAUUCGCAUGCGCUGCCUCAACCAUUGCGUAUAACUGAAAUAAAUGUAUGGAGGCUUUUUGAACCUUUAAAAUUUCUACAAAAAAGUCCGCGACACCAUAUAUCUAUCUUUUAUAUUUUAGCAGAUAUAGUACCUUUAGUACUUUAAUAAAUUAUUUAAAUUUUAAAUUAAGGUUUACGUCAUUAUUUACACAACUAAACUUAAAUCCUUAUCAAAAUAAAUUAUUCAAUAAUCACAAGGAUAUUAUAGAGAUAAGAUUUGCCCUUUACAGUAUGUUAAUUAGUUAUAUAGUUUCGGAGAUAAUACAAAAUUUCUGAAAGUCGCAGAAAUGCCGCUAUAUGACGCCCCGCGGUUUCAAUUACGUGGUUCCCGUUCCCGUGUGAAUAUGAGAACCAAACAUAGCCUAUGACACUCGCAAAUAAUGUAGCUUUCUAUUGGUAAAAGAAUUUUCCAAAUCGGUCCAGUAGAUCCAGAGAUUACCCCCGACAACAACACAAACUUUACCUCUUUAUAGUAUUAGCAUAGAAGUCGCUUGGGAAAUUAUAGUCUUUUGGUCAUAUUCUAUAUUAAGAUGCUCCAUAUAAGCACUAAAAUACUGUUUAUAGUUUGUCUCCUUUUAUGUAUGUAAGGAGUACAGACAAGCAUUUGACAGUAUAGACCACAGAUGACAUAGACAUUUUUAUCUAUAAACACUCCGUACCCAGGGGCGAGUCCUAAAAAACACACCGAUUGUGUCAAAAUGUAGCACACUAAUUAACUCCUUACAUAAUUUGAAAUUAUGAUGUUUUCUGUUAUUCUUCAGUGUUUGAAAAAUGAACUUAAUUGCGUUGAUUUAGAGUUGAAAGUUGUUUUAUUCUUUACUACUACUUACAUUUUUUUAUUGACACAAAUUGAUGAUAGCUUCGAUUUGCUCAAGACCCAUGGACUGUAAGGAAGGUCUAGAAUACCGGGAAAACUGAGGAUUUUAAAGGAAAAACUCACUUUUGUUGUUACGCCUAUAUAUUACCUAAAGAUUUAUUUCGAAAAAGUUCCAUUUGUCACUGGUGAUCUUUUGUUUUUUCGAGAAAAUCGAUUCUGUAUUAAAAGAAAAUAGACUUUUAUUGAGUUCAUAUAAAGUAAACUUAAGUUAGUAAUACGUGAUUAUUGCAAGGCAACAGUGCUAUAAUAUACUAUAGUACCUACUAUAACUGUUUUGAAAGACAAUUUUCUUACAAUACAAACACCUAAGCGUACGUCUUCAUAUAUGAUGAUAUAUCGCACCUUCGGUGCAACAAAGUCACAACAGCUCAUUUUUUAAUUUUACAGGAGAAGACUUUUAAUAUUUUUUUUGCAUUUAUUUCCGUAUUUCUGGAUAGCUAUUUAUAGUAGGUUUAAAAUUUUUAUAAAAUUAAUUGUUUAUUUUGUUUGCUAUAGUUUUACGUAAAAAUCUUAUAUUAAAUUACCAAAAAAAUCCUAAUAAAAGACAUAAUAAAAAAAUGUGUCCUGAAUUGUGACUUUGUUGCACCAGGAAUUAUUUAGUUUUAUGACUUAAGCUUAUUAUUUAGGAUAAGGUUUUAAAUGAAAUAAAGUGUCGUAAUCAAACAUAA